CCUGGUCGGCGGGGCGCCUCCUCCGCUUCCUCCUCCGGCGGGGCAGCCCCGGGAGUACAAGCUGGUGAUGCUGGGCGCUGGCGGCGUCGGAAAAAGCGCCAUGACCAUGCAGUUCAUUAGUCACCGCUUCCCCGAAGAUCAUGACCCCACCAUCGAGGAUGCUUACAAAAUGCGGAUCAGGAUCGACGACGAACCGGCUAAUCUGGACAUUUUGGACACAGCAGGCCAGGCAGAAUUCACUGCGAUGCGAGACCAGUACAUGCGGGCAGGCGAAGGAUUCAUCAUCUGUUACUCCAUCACCGAUCGGCGGAGUUUCCACGAAGUGCGGGAGUUCAAGCAGCUGAUUUACCGCGUCCGGCGCACUGACGAGACCCCGGUGGUCCUGGUGGGGAACAAGUCCGACCUGGAACAGCUGCGGCAGGUGUCCAAAGGGGAAGGCACAGACCUGGCCCGAGAGUUCGCCUGCCCCUUCUUCGAAACCUCGGCCGCCUUUCGCUACUACAUCGACGACGUCUUCCACACGCUGGUGCGAGAGAUCCGGAGGAAGGAGAAAGAGGCCGUCGCGGCCUCCGGGAAGAAGUCCAGGCCUCGGGUGAGCAUGUGGAAAAGGCUGAAGUCCCCCUUUCGGAAGAAGAAGAAGAAAGUGACCUAAAGCAACCCGGGUCCCCUUCCGUCGGAGAACUGCGUGGCCCGCAGAGGGGACCGCAGCCGUAUAGCGGGAGCUCCCCCCCCCGGGCCUCCUCGGCUCCUCUCUUGCUCGGCACGUUACUUGAAAUACUGUAGUCUGUUCAGAGUUCGGAAGGCGGCUUCUCUGCGGCGUCAUUUUACCUCGAACGGCGAGAACGCCGGUGCUGCGGCGUGUCCUUCAUGCUUCUCGUUUCCCGGAGAGCGCCUGGCAGGGAACCGUUGAACCAUACUCCUGGAUCUCCC